AUGGCUGCCGAUAAAGGUUCCGAGAAGACUUCGGUACAAGUCGCGCUUCGCAUAAGACCAAUUACAAACGAAGAUACCGCAAAUUUACCAACGCGAUUUCAACGACAGAUUCUUACAACAUCUCCGCAUAUACCAAAUCAAGUUGUCGUACAAGGGCAAAAUGAUAAAAAACCACAAACCUUUAGCUUUGAUCAUGUAUUUGGUCCAGAUACGAAACAGAAAGAAGUAUUCGAGAAGGCGGUAUUAAAUUUAGUCGAUAAAUUCUUGGAGGGUUAUAAUGUGACAAUACUUGCUUAUGGGCAGACUUCCUCGGGUAAAACACACACGAUGGGUACGGUGGAUAAUUCUUCCAUACUACCUGAUUAUAAGGGGAUAAUUCCGCGUGCAAUGUCCACCUUAUUUUCCACCAUAAAUGCUGCUCAAUAUAAAACGAGAAAAUUUGCAAUCAAGGUUUCUUUCGUUGAAAUUUAUAAUGAGGAUUUGAUCGAUUUAUUGGGAGAGCAAAUAUGUGGCGAGAGUAAGCCUCAGGUGAUGGUUCGAGAAGAUUCAAAGGGUAAUAUCCUUUGGAGUGGCCUACAGGAAAUUAGAGUUCAUAGCGUCGAUGAGGUCGGUGCGACAGAUAUGAAUUCUCAAUCUUCCAGGUCUCACGCAAUCUUUUCGGUUGUUAUGUCGCAACAAAAAGGUUCGAACGCGUCGGGUUCACCUAUGUCACCGACUAAUGGUAAUCCUAGAUCUUUCUCGCGAUUAAGUGGAUCCCGUCCGUCAUCGAGGUCACAGAUGAGGAUGAGCAGUCGCGAUGAUGUAGAAAAUAUGACCGUGACAAGUAAAUUCCAUUUUGUCGAUCUGGCUGGAAGUGAACGGCUUAAACGUACCUCCGCAAUUGGGGAUCGUGCGAAAGAGGGUAUCUCAAUUAAUUCAGGUUUACUGGCUCUUGGGAAUGUAAUAUCCGCCUUGGGUGAUCCCUUAAAGGCGAAACAUACUACGCAUAUUCCAUAUCGAGAUUCUAAACUUACUCGUUUAUUACAAGAUUCCCUCGGUGGCAACGCACAGACGUUGAUGAUUGCAUGCGUUUCACCUACUGAAUAUAAUCUCAACGAAACAAUUAAUACGCUCAAAUAUGCGAAUCGUGCUCGUAAUAUUAAAAAUUCCGCGAUCGUAAAUCAAGAGGAAACCGGUUGGACCGAUUUAGAACAUUUACAAUCCUUAGUAAUGAAACUUAGAUCUGAAAUUAAAGCUUUGAAAUCUGCUAAUCCGAAUUCAGAAAAUGUUUACGAUGAUAUGUAUCAAAGUGAAUCCGGUCGUAGCACGCCAGUUCAUUUUCAAAAAGGAGAUGGUUUUAAAAGAUCAUCUCUCAAUACCUUUACAACGGCGAGCAUAAAAGCUACUUUAAAGCAUAACAAAGACAUUGAAUUAUUAGAGGAACAACUACUGGAUUUACAACGUUCCUAUUCGGAAUUAUCACAAAAAUACGCGAUAACGACCGCUGAACUUGCUAUGCACCAAGAUAAUGAUGCCGCACUACUAAUGAAAGAACAUCAGUUGGGCGUGAUAAAAGAGGAAGAAGAAGAUUCAGCGGAAUUUCGCAAGGCCGCAGAACCUGUAAUCGAAGAAUAUGAAAAAUCCAUCUCUACACUUGAAAGUCAACUUGCUCUAUCACAUGCUGCUUUAAGUCAUACUGAAACCUUAAUGCAAGACCGAGAAGGUAAACUGGAGUUUGCGGUACAAAUUAAUGAACAGAAUAUUAAUUUAAUUAAUGACUUUAAAAAGAAAAUCUCAACCCUUAGUGAGCGUGAGUCUACAAGUGAACAAUAUAUUAAAGAACUUGAAGUGAGACUAGAGAAGUACGCUAAUCAACAAAAGGGAGAUCAAGAGUUGAUUAAUGAAUUAAAAGGCAAUAUCGCUCAUUUGAAAACAAGUGAAGCGAACUCCGAAUGUUACAUUACUAAUCUUGAGACGCGCCUCGAAUCUUGUGAUCAACAAGUUGAAAAAUUCACCCAGGUUGUUGAAAAAUUAGAAAAACGAUUGCAGCAAAGGGAUGAAGCUUACCUUGAGUUAGAAUCAAAGAUGAAAGCUUCAUAUUCUGAAGAAGAAAUGAAAUUGUUACGGGAUGAGAUCGAAGAACGUGAUCAUAGAAUUUUGCAACUUGAAAAAAAAGUUGAUGACCUUGUACAUGAGUUAGAGUUAUUGAAAAGGUUAAAAGGUAAAGAGGGUGCCGAUGAAAGUUCCAAUUUAAUUUCUUUGAUUAAGAUGACUAAUUCUUCAGAAUUAUCAGCUAGUAAGCAAGAAAAAUUGAUUAUAUUGUCUCUCGAAGAAAAAUUAGAAGAGUUACAUAAAGUGCAUGAACAAACUGUAAAUGAGUUCAAUGAAAUCAAAGAUAAAUAUGAGGGAUGUCUUCAAGAAAUUCAUGAACUACAGAGUCAAUUGACUGAAGUGAAGUUGAAUCAUUCGGAUUUAUUUGAUUCUGAUCCUUCAAGCCCAAUGACCCCGUCGACACCAUUAUCUAAUUCUGUGAGAAUGUCUCUUCCUCCUGCGUGCAUUCAUAAGGAAGGAAAUAAAGAAGCGCUAGCUUUUGUCAAUGCUAUGGUUGCCUCUAGACAAAAGACACAUCGUAGAGUCAGAUCAUUAGCACCAGAAAUCAUUGAUAAAGAGAAGAAAGACCUUACCCACGAAGCAAUUGUCAAAAAACUUCAGAAUGAAAUUCAACAACUUGAAUCCUUGCAUCAGGAUAAGGCAGGCGGUUUGGAAAUUUUUAAACAUGAAUUUGCACGUUUGGAGAUGACUCAUCGUGAAACUUUGGAGGUAGUACAAGAACUUCGUGAAGAAAUAAAGAGGCGUGAUGCCUUAGCUCAAUUGGAAGUGAUGUCAGUAAUAACAUCAGAGGGUGAUAUAUCAGGAGUUACAAGCGAAAGUGAUGAACAUGAAAUUGUACACCGUCUGCGUGAAGAGGUAGAAAAUCUUCGGGAAGAACGAAGUCGAAUACUUGAAUCCAUCUCUGAACGUGAAAAUGACGUUCGUAAAAAAGGUUCACAAGUUGUAAAUUUGGUUUCGAAUAUCCGUGAGCUUCGUGAACAAUUAUUCCUUGCACUUGAAAGGGAUCAAAAGAAAUCAGAUGAAGAAAAUGAAGAAAAUAAAAAGUUCAUUAACGAAUUACAAAUUAAGGUUAAAGAUUUAGAGCAACAACUUGAAAGAGAACAAGAAGAACAUUUACAUUGUGAAGUCUCUAACAUCGUCAACGAGCCUAAUGAAGAAGUUGAUGACGAGAUUAUUGGUCUUAAGUCAAAAGCAGAAAAGCUUCAGGCUGAGAUCGAGGCGAAGAGUCAUACAAUCGCGGUUCUUUUAUUGCCAACUGUUGAACGGGAUACGAUUCGCAAAUUUGAAAAUGAACUUCAUGAAACUAAACAGGCUUAUCAUGAGGCUUUGGAAAUAAGUAACAGCAAACAAACUUCGGACGAGUUAGAACAAAAUGUUAACGAAAAUCUUAAAGAAUUAGGAGAUAAAGUUAAAUAUCUUGAAAAUCAAUUGUCAAAAGCCAAAGAGUCACAAUGUCAGACUCCGCGAAAUUCUAUAAAAUUUACAAUGGAUCCACAAAAAACAGUUGAGAUUCUUCAAGAAAAUCUUGCCACAUUAAAACAAGAAAUAUGUAGCAAACUCGAUAAAGCCCAACACUCAAUAAAUGAUCAAGGUUUGAUAGCAGAAUUACAAUCACAACUUGAAAAACUUAAUUCGGAUAUUAAAGAGAAGUAUGAACUUAUAGAAACUUUGAAAAAAGACUUAGCUGACAAGAGUGUUAUACAACAAAAAUUAAGGGGGAAAGAAGCAGAAUCAUCUUCACUAAGGUUGCAACUUUCCGAAGUUAAGAAUCGCGAUGAAGAGAUGCAAAACCAAAUUAAACAACUCCAAAUUGAGUUAGAAAAAAUUGAAACCCAUAAAAUUGAUAAUGAAGCUUUAAAAUCAGAAUUAGAAGGUGUAAGAAAAGAAUUAAAAAUUUCCAAAGAAAAAGAAUCUUUUGCAUUUGAACGUUUGAAAAUGUUGGAUGCUGAAGAAACAAAAAUACGACAAGAGAUGAAACGAUUGAGAAACAUUGAACUUUUGCAAAAAGAAAGAAUUACAGUUUUAGAAUCUAGAUUAUCUAGAAAUAGUUAUGGUCUGUUUGAUGGUGAUGCUGCAAGAUUGAAGAGUGAAUUAAUAUCAGCAAAAGAAACAGAAAUGUUACAAAAAAAGACAAUUUCUGACCUUGAAUCGAAACUCGAAAAAUCUGUAAUGGAAUAUACAUCGUUACAAACAAAGAUUGAUUAUAUUAAAUCUAAAGCUUUAGUAAACCAUAAUCAUAUUCUUGAACGCGAAAAUCAAUUAGCUAAGAAUGAAGAUUCAGAGAAGGUUAAACAACUAAAGGAAGAAAUUGAAAGUUUGCGUGCUCAAGAAACUGAACAACUUGAAAAAAUUGAAACGCUCGAAAAUCAAUUAUCAAUUAUGCAAAAAAAGAAUGACGUUUCUACAUUAAAAGAUGAAUUAUCUUCAUUAAAAGAUAUCAAAUCUAACUUCGAAAAAACAAUUCAAGAUUUAGAGUUUAAACUUUCGAUAGCACAAAAAGAAGCCGAAAAGUUACAGUUGGUCAAGGACGAGAUUAAAUUAUUGAAGGUAUUAGAAUCCGAACAAAAAUCUACUAUUGAUCAAUUACGGGCUCAACUUCAAGAGAAAACUCUCGCCAAAGAUUCUGUUAUUAAAGAGUUAGACAUUUUAAAAAAGGAUUUUGGUUCACAAAAGGAAUUAGUUGUUAAAUUAGAAGGGGAACUUAAAAAUGUGAGGGAGGAAUUGAGUAUAGCAACUGAAAUUAAUGAUGCCAGUUCAAAAAAACUUGAAGAUUUAUCCAAAAUGUUGAAAGUUACUUUAUUAGAACGAGACACGGAAGAGAAGAAAUCAAAAGAUUUGGAAAGUAAAGUGGAGCAAUUGAAAAUUUCAAAAAUUGCUGAAGCAAAAGAAAUUACUACGCUUCAAGAUCAAUUAACAAAAUCCAAGUUCGAAAUGGAGAAACAGAAUGAACUUUUAGCAAAACUCGGAGAGCAAAUGAUGAAUAUUGAAAAAGAACGCGAGCAGCAUGCUUUACGUAUUGAAGAACUAAAUGAGACUAUUAAAUUUAAAGAAGCUGAACAAAAAGAAGCAGUUUCAACUUUAGAGUCUAUAAUAAUAAAUCUUCAGAUGCAACUUGUCGAAACUGAGAAUUCAUCACAAGUUGAUGCUAAAACAAUUAAAAGACUUGGAGACCAACUUGCUACAGUCGAAACGCAGCUGGAGAAAGCGAAAGCUUCAGAUAGAAAGCGCGCACAGAUAAUAAAUGAAUUUGAGGGUAAAUUGAAGAUAACUAAUUGCACUUUGAAUGAAAAAGAACAAUUAUUAUCUACGCAAGUUUCUCUUAUCCAAGAGUUGGAAGAAAUUGCUGUGAAAACACAAAUGGGACUUAAAGAUGCAAGAAAAUCCGAGGCCAUUGCAUCCAAAAGAGCCAAAGAACUUGAAGUAAGACUUGAUGAAUUCCAAUCUAAAUAUGAAGGAAAUAUAUCAUCACUUAAUGAUAAUUUGAAUAAAAUCAAGAAUGAACUUAGAGAAGUCCGAAGUUCUAAAGUUAGACAAGCCGAACUGAUUGAAACACUUAAAGCACAACUUCAAGAAGCGGAAAUUAUUCGGGAUCGAGAAAUGUCUAAACUUCAGAAAGCAAAUGUUGAAAUUGCAACACUAAAAGAACAAUGUGAUCAGUUGAAAAGUCAAAUCAAUGACGCAAAUACAUUACAAAAUUAUAAGAAUAUUGAUAGUUCUAUCGUUGAAGAUUUGACCAAACAACUUGAAACAGCCAGAGCUGAAUCGAUUACAUAUCGCGAUCGUGUAGAAGAAUUAGAAAAUAUAACAAAACAACUUGAAUCUGAUAAGAAAGGUCAGGUGAAAACGAAUGCUGAUUUAUUACAACAAGUUGAACAGCUUCAAAAGAAAUUAGAAUCCUUAACAGAAGAAUUUCUUGAUUCCGCUGCAAAACAAGAGGAUGCUGAUAUGCUUUCAAAUGAUCAAAAGGAUCGCAUUACAGACUUAGAAAAUGCACUUGCAGAAGUAAAGAAAAUAAAAACCAACCAUUCAAUAACCUUUAACGAAGGAAUAACGAAUCAGGAUGAUGGAUCAAUCAAAUUGUCUUUUGCAAAAUUAGCCGAAGUUAACGAAAGUCUAAAUAAAACUAAUGAAAAUCUCACAACAAAAAUUCUACAAGCUCAAAUUCGAAUGAAUGCUCUAAGUCAAAAGAUAAAGCAAUUGGAGAGUGAGCUUUUGAACAUAAGACUUUUCGAGAAAAAUGUUUCUAAUGAUUCUGUUUCUAAUGAUGGUGAAUCGGUUAGAGAUCUUAAAGAAAAAAUUAGAGAACUUGAAGCUGAAAAAGAAGGACUAGAACGAAACAAUUCUGCAUUCUGUGAAGAGCGUAUCAAACUUGAUCAGAAGAUAGAAUCUUUAUUACGGCAGUUAGAAACAGCCGGUAAUGGAGGAAAUGGAACCGCUUCCCAACUUUCCGAACUAAAUAACAAAAUAAUUGAACUUGAAAACGAAGUUUCAAGCUUAAAACAAAAAUCAGAAUCAGAUUCAGCAGAGAUGAAGGGAGAAAUUUCAAGAUUAUUGGAAAUUAACGAAAAAUUAGAGAAACAAUGUCAAAAGAACGAGAUCAAGAACCAUGUAAAAUCUGUAGUUCAAAGAAGCAGUUCAAUGCCACCACACGAAUUGGAGCAUAUCUCUCCAAAAGUUAAAGACCGUCCAAGAAUUACUAGCCUUGACGGCUCAAUACAAACAAAACUUUCACAACAAGAAUGCACUAUUAUAGAGCAAGAAAAUAUUAUCAACACUCUUAAAGAAAGGAUAUUUGAGCUUGAAACUCGCACAGAUGAUGAAUCGUUGUAUGAAGUAUCUUUAACUAGUGGAAUGCUUGCAACCGAUCUUGAAGCCGUUGGCGGUUUCCGCUUAUCGACAAUGUCAUCAAACUUUUCAGAUAUUGUGAAGAGAAAGAAUAUGAAACCAAAUGCUGUUGCUGCAAUAGCAAAUCUUCCAAUCACUCCUCCACCAACACCACCACCAUCUCAUUCUUUAUUAUCAAGUAUUGGACAUGGGACAAUUAGUCCGCCUCCAAGAAAUGCUAAUUCCCCUAGGCCUGAUUCACGAACUGGAUUCGACUUUUCUAAUGCUCAGGCGGCAGAAUUUACAGUAGAGAUUCAAAAAUUACAUAGAAGAAUUGCUAAAAUGGAAGGCGAGAGUCUUGAGAGCAAACAUCUCAUUGAUACUUUAGAAAGUUCAUUGACAGAAAAUGAAACAAAUUUACGUGUUGCAAAACAACAAUUGCAAAUCUUACAGCGAGAAAAGAUGGAUCUUUCGGACCAAAUCAAGAAAUUGAAAUUAGAAUUAGAUGAAAUGACUAAUUUAUAUGAAGACGCAAAAUCAUCCGUACAGAAAGAAAAACAAGUUAUAGAAACUGUUUUAGAAGAAGAAAGAAAGGCGAAAGAAUGUGCUGAAAAAGCAAGACGGCAACUUGAAACUCGUAUGGAAGAACUUAUGGCCAAGAAGAGCAAAUUUAUGUGCUUCUAA